CCAUACUUUCUGUGAUGAAGUAAUCCUUCUUCGUGUGUCCACAAUUUAUUUCAAAAUGAAAGACUCUGGCGUGAAUGAUUAAAAGCUUAAUAAUUAUAAAUAUUUAUUCAGAAAGAUUUAAAAAUGGUCACUGACUACAAUACACAACUUGUCUCAACCGAGGUAAGAGAGAAUCGGGUUGUAAACAAACAUUGAAAAUAAAAAACAUUUAUUAUGAACAGGAACCAAAUCUGAGUCUGAGUUUCAGAAGUGAAAAUAACAUUGCAACAUGAAGUACAAGUUCAAUCCAUUUUCAGUUCCGAAUGGAAGUACUGCUGAUGAAAUAAAAGUAACAUGUAUUAUACGAAAUAUGGUCAACUCUCAAAGCUCGACUCGUCAUACUGUCACAUUACCCGUUUCCAUGGGAAUUACAGAAGCAACGGCAGAAAUAUCAAAGAUCUGUGGAUUCGAGAGGCAUACCGUAUCCAUUAGAUACGAGUAUAAAAAUGGUGAAAAAAUGGAAGAAGUAUUUUUAGAUGACAUGCCAGAUCAACCAUUAUCAAUGGUGUGUAACGUCGACUGUAAACGUCAAGAUUUUUAUGUUUUUGAGAAAGAUGGUGUGGAACCUAAAAAACUAGAGACAUCAUCUUCAAGUUCGGAUAUGUCGAUGGGUGAAGCAUCUGGUUAUAAAACGAUGUCUAACAGUUCGAUACCUGGUAGUUCCACCACCUUCAGCGAUACGUCGUCUGUAGGCAUCGGUUCGUCGGCUUCUGAUUUCAGCUGUUCCUAUUCUCAAGCUCUCUUGAAAUCAGAUACAGGUUUUAUAGGACUGGUUAAUCAAGCUAUGACGUGUUAUCUGAACAGUUUAUUACAGACCUUGUAUAUGACACCUGAAUUCAGAAACGCUUUAUACAGAUGGGAAUACGAUGGAACAGAAGAAGAUUCCGUUAAAAAUAUACCGUAUCAUCUACAGCGUCUUUUUCUACAAUUACAGACAUCCAAGAAACGUUCUGUAGAAACGACUGAUCUGACUAAAAGUUUUGGUUGGGAUAGUAGUGAAGUCUGGCAGCAACACGAUGUCCAGGAAUUGUGCCGUGUAAUGUUCGAUGCCUUGGAACAAAAAUGGAAGAAUACAAAACAAGCAAAUUUAAUAAACCAGUUAUAUCAGGGAAAAUUGAAAGAUUAUGUGAAAUGUUUAGAGUGUGGAUAUGAAAGUGCUAGAACUGAUGCGUAUUUAGAUAUACCGCUAGUCGUACAACCAUUUGGUUCAAACAAAGCUUAUGGAAGCGUGGAAGAAGCCAUGAAUGCGUUCGUACAACCAGAAACAUUAGAAGAUUCCAAUCAAUAUUUCUGUGAAAGAUGUAAUAAAAAAUGUAAUGCUCACAAGGGUUUAAAGUUUAUAACGUUUCCGUAUUUACUGACGAUGCAGUUAAAAAGAUUUGAUUUUGAUUAUUCUACGAUGCAUCGUAUCAAACUGAACAACAGAAUGACAUUUCCUGAUCUGUUGGACAUCAACUCCUUUAUUGAAGACAGUGAUAUCAAGAAUAAAGAGAUAGAAGAAGAGAAUGGGGAGGAAUUAGAUAGAAAGAAGGAUGAAACAUCUAAUGGUCCUGUUGAUAGCAGUGAUGAAGGUAUAGAUGAAGGUAUUGAAGUAGAGAACAGUUUAUCAGGGACUUCAUCUAGCAGUGAUUCAUCUAGUGUAGGCAGUGAAGCUGCUGUAUCUGAUAAAAAUACUACAGAUACCCACAAAAAGGGUCCGUAUCAGUAUGAUUUAUUUUCUGUGAUGAUACAUUCAGGAAGCGCGGCUGGCGGCCAUUACUAUGCAUACAUCAAGUCAUUUGAAGAUGGUCAGUGGUAUAGUUUUAAUGAUCAACAAGUUUCUAGGAUAACGUUUGAUGAUAUUCGUAAAGUAUAUGGUGGUUCAAGCGUAACGAGAGGUUUUUAUUCUUCAGCUUACGCAAGUUCUACGAAUGCUUACAUGUUAAUGUAUCGACAGAGAGACAAGAAACGUAAUUCAGCUUUUCUGUCACCUGAAGAAUUCCCGUCCGUACUAAAAGAUGAAUUAAAACGACAACAAGUUAAAGAAGAAGCCGAGAGACGACAGAGAGAAAUAGAUAAAUCUACCUGUAAGAUUAAGUUAUAUUGUAUGCAUCCAGUUCAACUGAGAAAGAUGGAUGUUAGAUUUGAAAUACAUAAAGAUAAAACUUUACGAGAAGCAACCAAACAAGCUUACACACUAUUUGACCUAGAUACUGUAUUACCAUUAGACCAAUGUCGACUGAUUAAAUACGAUGAACAUUCAGAUUCUUUAGAGAAAUCGUACGAAGGAGAAGAAGAUACUGAUAUGGGGUCAUUAUUAGGGGGAGUUAAGUCUAGUUACACCUUUGAUCUAUUAUUAGAAACACGAACAGCUGAUUCACCAUUCCAAGAAUACAAACCAGGAGGUGUAACUGUGAAGGUAUACAAUGUUGAUAUAGAAAGGGAGAUAAUUCAUGCACCUGUUAGUAUACGAGCCUACCAUGUACAAACUAUUCAAGAAUUCAAACACCUUGUAGCUCAGAAAUUACAAGUGAAUGUUGAUAAUAUUCGACUUGUGUUUGAAAGAUUUCAUAAUGAUCUACGACUACUAACAGUACCCAAUAAAACACUGAAAGCUGAAGGUUUCUUUAAAAGUAAUAAGGUUUACGUGGAAUGUAGUGAUAAUAAAGAUGAGAAUGCAGAAUGUUUUCUACGCAGCAAAUUUUACCAGCUAUUAGAUCGCCAUCAGAAUACCAUCAGAAUAUAUGUCAGUUUACCAACAGAAGAUGAAGUACAUGAAUAUCUAAAAGAUCUACGGGAAAAUCAUCUUCGGCAUCAACAAAUUCUACGCACGUUGUCGGAAUCGGAUGAUAUGAGCCCCGAUGAUAUUACGCAGACUACUAGUGAACCAAUAAUGGAAUUUGAAAACGAUUAUCUCAGGACAUUAUCUAUUCAUGGUAGUCAUAGUGAUCCGUCUGUUUAUCAUAGUUGUCGUGACAACACAGACUUAAGUCCGGCAGGAUCUGACGCUCGUAGCACGAGUCCCGUAGGUGCGGGUUCCAGCAGCCAGGACAUGAGUUCAAGCGCUGACUGUAGUCUUAGUUUAAAUUCAAAUCAAGGCAGCCAGUCGCUGUCUCCCGACGCUCCCAGCGAUAAAUGUGAUGACCUUGACACUUGUGAUAUGGACAAAUCAGACGAUAACGGUGAUAAUUGUGAUCUAGGUAGUCAUGACGAUGGCGUACAGCGAUCGAGUGAUAAAGAUUCAAGGACGUAUAAAAGCUGUUCUCCAGAAACGGUUGUCGAACAUGCGGAAACAGAGAAUUAUCAUUCUAGUGCUAGCUAUAUCUCUAGUGGUUCCAUGGUAACACAAGAAACUCUUGUAUCUAAAGACAAUGAAAACUGGGAUUUAGACACGAUUCCCACAUCAUAUACCUCGAGUUCUAAUAGCCAAUCAGAAACAAGCUUUCAAGACGAACCUUUAGAAGAAGUUAAAUAUUAUUUCUACGCGUCGUUUGACGAGUACCAACCAGACAAGUGGAGAAGUGUAACCGUGUUUGUUGAUAAGAGAAUCAGUCUUGGUGCGUUUAAGAAAGAAAUGGAACCUUUUGUUGGAACGAUCUCAGAAAAUUUUAAGGUAUAUCGUGUUUAUUCUAAUAACCAGGAAUUUGAAAGUAUCAGAUUAUCAGAUACCUUGACCUUCUUAGAAGAUGGACGGUUAAAUAUAAAACUUGGUCGGGCACUACAACCAGAUGAACAUCGAGUUAAAGUUUAUCAACUUCUAGUCAACCAAUCAGAGCCGUGUAAGUUUCUGAUUGAGACGAUAUUUGCCAAAGGUAUGACAGUAUUAGAAUCUAAGAAGAUAAUAUUACCUGAAGUUAAAGAGAAGAUUGGAUUAGAUAUUCCAUUAAACAGAUGCCGAUUACGUAAGAAAACCUGGAAGAAUCCUGGUAACGUGUAUCAAGAUACAUUGAUCUAUGAUAAAGAUAUUUCUAUCUUUCCUAACUGGGAAGUUUUCCUCGAAGUACUCGAUGCUCCUGAUGAAAAAUUGUCUUCAUCCCAGUUAGCGUUGUAUGUUCGACGAUGGCGUCCAUCUUUAUAUGAGUUUCAAAGUUUCCAGGAGGUUGUAUUAAAUCAUGAAACCAUGGAUGAACUCAAAUCAAAGAUAUCUGAUAUCAGUGGUAUACCAUUAGAAAAUGUUGAUGUAGCUAAGGGUAAAGGAACGUUCCCAUGUGAAAUGUCUGUGUUAGAAGCUCAGUUAGAAUUAGAUUGGUCACCACAAGCUGUCAGAUUAAAUGUAGGACCUCUCUAUAUUUGUGAUGACGGACAUGUCGUUUAUUACAGAGAUAAAACUGAAGAAUUGGCAGAAUUAUCAGAAGAACGAAAGAAAGAAAUACAACAAAAGGAAAAUAUCAGGAUAGCCAAAUAUAGUCCCAAGAUGUCAACCUAUUCACCAAGGAAAGAACGAGCCUUGAAAAUCUACACGGAUGACGAUCCACCAUCUUCUAGUAAACUUUCACCAGAUCUCGAUUAGCGUGGUUAUAAUAAACCCCGGGGCGUAUUCCCUGAUCAGAUGAUUCUACCCCAUCUCAUAUUCCCUGAUCAGAUUAAGGCAGGACACUACCUUAUAAAAGACUCUGUAUAGAUUGAUCUGUCAAAUUUUGAUAUCGGCUAAAAUUGCCCAAAAUAGUUAAAAUUUGUUGAUUUUUCAAGUCGUGUCCAGCCUUUAUAUUAUAUAGUGUUAAAUAUUUAGUCAUUUUUUUAGGUAAAUCAAACUUUAACUUUUAACUUGCUUUUUUCCGUACUCAAUUUUUCACCCAUAUCAGGUCUUAGAAAAUCAAAUUCUCAAAAUCUAUGAGAGAUAAUGGUCUCAUCUUUGGAAUACGAUUAGUGCUAUAGCUACUGUGUGCAAUAAGGUGAUUUUCAAUGUGUUUGUUAUACAGUUGGACAUUUUAUUGUACAAAAUCUUUUUAGUGGUGUGUUCGGCCACACCCACUUGUUUUAUGUGGGAUGCAAAAUGUUCUUUAUUAACAUUCAAAUAGUAAAAUUUAUGCCUUAUUGCACUUUUUAAUGCCUAUAUAUGUUAUUCCAAAUCACAAAUAGUUUGUUUCAAUAAAAUUGUUGAAGAUUUUGAUUUCCUAACAUAGCCACCGUGAAUAUAUAAAAAAAAAUCCAAUAUGGCCACUAUUUCCAUGGCAACAAAUAAACAUUUUGCGCUCAAAUUAUCAAAUCUGAUUUGGGACAUCAUAUACUAAUAUUACACUAAAUGGCAAGUUUCUGUUAUCAAUGUAAAAUUCUUAGGUAGCGUCCUGCCUUAAACCAAGACCCAUAUUUUUCAAUCUAUUAAACCCUUGUUUUCCCUAAUCAGAGUUCGGCCCAUAUCUUCUGAUCUGGUGUAUCAAACUCUAGCCAAUAUUUUCUGAACUUAAUACAUCCAGGCCCGUAAUCUCUGUCAAGGCCCUUAAUCUCUGACCUUAUUAAACCCAGGCCCAUAUUAUCUGACCUUAUUAAACAAAGGCCCAUAUUAUCUGAUCAGGUUAAACACAGACCCAUAUUAUCUGAUCAGGUUAAACACAGACCCAAAUUAUCUGAUCAGGUUCAACCCAGGUCCAUAAUCACCCAUCUGGUUAAAUCCAGGCCCAUAAUCACCCAUCUGGUUAAAAAACCCAGGCCCAUAAUCACUGAUCUGGUUAAAAAAAAAAACCAGACCGCUACUGUCUGAUAUUCCUGUUAAAUCAAAGAUCCUGUUUUGUUAAGUCAUAUAAUAGUUUAGUGUUUGUUAAAUAUUUCUUCUAGACAAAUUUUACAUAAACAACAUCUUUCUGACGUUAAUCAACGAAAUACUCUGUUUUAUUUGAACCUCGUUUAUUUAAUGUGUAAACUGCUGUUUGGGUAUCGCCCUGUCAUCAUUAGCCCAGUCGGUGCAGAAAAGUAGGACACUUUUUUAUUUCUUAGUACCACUGUUUAUCUAAUCGUUUAGAGGCAUUUAGGAACUGGCUACAGUAAUAGUCUAUAACACAUACUUAUGGAAAAACAACAGUAAAUUAAUUUGGGCGCCGUUUCGAAAAGUAUUUUAUCAAGUUAAACAUAAGAGGUCUUUCUUUAGGCCUGAAAUGUUAUAUAAAUUAUUAAUUAGACAUUAAUUAACUUAUCCAGACCAUGAUCAACUCGCUAUGCCAUUUUAUUUCUCCGAUUCUCAUUGGAUUUGAAUCCUAUAUGUUGUUCAUUGUCUGUUGAUGAUUAGACGCAAAAAUGGAUAAUCAAGACUUUGUUAAUUAUUGUGACAGCGCUAACAAUGACGAUCAAGGCUACAGUGAUUUUUAAAUAAGUUUUUCCCGGCUUAGAUUGAAGCAAUAUUCCCUUUACAUCAUCUAGUGUUUAACUAUUAUAGUGAGCACUGUCAGCUCUUUAUCUAAUCUUCCAUAAUGUAUCUUUAAUCACACGUUGAAAGAAUACUCUUUGAUACCUCGCCCAUAUAAAUUAGUAGUUGUUUUUCUAGAAAUAUGCGUUAAAGUUUAUUGUGUUAUUCAUCUGUAGUAAAAUAAAAUAAAGCCACCAAUCAUCAUUUGAAUGAUUUUGAAUUCUUUGCAAACUAAAAAAUGGUGAAAGUUAAAUCUCUAAAAGAAAAAUCAGUCCAAAAAAUGGUUCAAUUCCGUUCAGUUUUUACAAAGAUAUGAUGAAUUAAAAAUUAUACAUCAUUUGUAAUCAACUACAAAUGAUACAAACAAACCAGUGCCACACGCAUGGUUAAAUGAUACAAACAAACAAGUGCCACACACAUGGUUAAAUGAUACAAACAAACAAGUGCCACACACAUGGUUAAAUGAUACAAACAAACCAGUGCCACACGCAUGGUUAAAUGAUACAAACAAACCAGUGCCACACACAUGGUUAAAUGAUACAAUCAAACCAGUGCCACAUACAUGGUUAAACGAUACAAUCAAACAAGUGCCACACACAUGGUUAAAUGAUACAAUCAAACCAGUGCCACACACAUGGUUAAAUGAUACAAUCAAACCAGUGCCACAUACAUGGUUAAAUGAUACAAUCAAACCAGUGCCACAUACAUGUUUAAAUGAUACAAGCAAACAAGUGCCACACACAUGGUUAAAUGAUACAAACACACAAGUGCCACACACAUGGUUAAAUAAUACAAUCAAACCAGUGCAACAUACAUGUUUAAACGAUACAAACAAACCGAGUGGCACAUACAUGUUUUAAUGUUCAGUAAAAUAUUUUUUGAUGGGCCUCUUUUGAAUCUGAUUGAAUCCAAGCCAGGAUAUUUUGAUUUUGUUUUGUUAAUUAAAUGUUAAAUAAUCAACUUGAGUAUUUUUUAUGAAUGGAUUAAGCCAUGAACAGUAAGAACAAAUGCAGAUCAGUGGCUUUAUAAAGAUUGAUAACGGUAUCUAAAUGGUAUGCAUUAAUACUGUGAGUACGCCUACAACAAUCUCCUAGAGAUCACGUGUGUUAACGCUGUAAUUGCACCCAUAACAAUCUCCUACAGAUCAAUGGCUUUAUAGAGAUUGAUUAUGGUGUGUGUGCGUUGAUACGUGACCACACCCAUAAAUGGCUUGAUAGGGAUUGGUAACGGUAUCUAAAUGGUGUGCGUUAAUACUUUAACUACGCCUAUAACAAUCUCCAAUACAUUAACACUUUGACUAUACCCAUAACAAUCUUCUAUAGAUCAGGGACCUGUUUCACGAAAUUUUAACGAAGACAAAAUCCAAAUUUUAGUAAUUUGAUUGGAUAAUAUUAGAUUGAUUUUAGUACUUAGUCAAUCAAAAUUGAAGUAUCUACUAAAAUUUGGAUUUUAUCUUUAGUUAAGUUUUCGAGAAAUUGGGACAGCUACACACAAGCGUUGCACCUGUAGAUGUGCUCUAAGUUCAAACAUGUAUUAGACAUCAGAUAUUAGUUUUAUAACUACCACGAUGUGUAGGUUAUGACCAUAAUAAAUAAAAUUAACCAUGUGUUAGUCUCAAAACUACCCAAGUCAUGUAUUAGCUAAAAGUUAAAGUUCAUUAUUUCAGUGUUCACAAUAUAGUUUGUUUUAUCAAUGGCUUCUAAAUAUAGUGCUACCAUAUGUUAUACCUUCACACACAUCACAAUACAUUAGGUAACGGCUAAAUGUGUCUAUUGCCGGCUAAAUGUGUCCAUUGCCGGCUAAAUGUGUCCAUUGCCGAUCUUGUUUUUAGGCUUCAAAUGUUAUAUAAAUUAUUAUUUAGACAUUUAUUCGCAGGACAAGCCCAAAAUCAACUCCCUGGACCACCAAAUGGAUUUAAACACCCACGUGACUAAUUGAUAAAAUGGACAAUCACGGCUUAGUCUUUGUUGUCAAGUAUCAUUGCUACGAUAAUCUUCAAACUGUCAUAACUUUGCCCAGAAUAAAGUAAUUUGAAUGAAAUUUUCAGAAUAUUUAUAUUUCAUUAUCUUUUUUGAACUAUUAUUGCAGGAACGACCCACGCGUUAUCUAAAUCUUACAUAAUGUAUCUUUAAAUUACACGUUUAUUAUGUAGGGUAGAAGACAUGUCCUCUAAUACUCGUUAUACCUUCACGAAUAACACAAUACCUUAAAUUACAUGCUUAUUAUGUAGGGUAGACUUGUCCCCUAAUAUACAUGUUAUACUUUCACAAAUAACACAAUACCUUAAAUUACACGCUUAUUAUGUAGGAUAGGCUUGUCCCCUAAUACUCGUUAAACCUUCACAAAUAUCGCAAUACCUUAAAUUACACGCUUAUUAUGUAGGGUAGACUUGUCCCCUAAUAUACACAUGGUAUACCUUCACAAAUUUCACAGUAAGGUACAUUUAUGUAAGAUUAAGGUAAAGUGCUGUCCAUCCUUGCUAUAAUAGUUGUUCAGAGAUUUGAUUAUGGGCUUGUCAUGUUAAUAAAUGUCUAAUUAAUAAUUUAUAUAUCAUUUGGAACCAGAAUAAAGACCUGCGGUAGAUUAAGUUCUUAUAAAAUGUAUGUUUAAAUUACAAGCUUAUUGUACACAUGAUAGCUGACCAUUAAAAUAACCCCAUAGCUUCAGACUGAUGCACUUGAUUAAAGGUUUCACCAGGCCUUUAUACAGAAAUAUUAUUAUCUUGGAUGUUUGCUUUCAAGGGAUGUUAUAGAAUUGUAGCACUUGCGACUUUACCCAUGUCUGAUCAUAAUGCUAGUUAUCUCCCUUUGUAAAUAAACAAAAAAAAAAACCUGAGUAAAUAUUGUAUAUUAUAUAUAUAUAUAGUUAUAUGUAUAUUGAAAUAAACUGUUUGUUAAAAUUAUAA